CCACCAGCCUGAAAAAGGCUGCAGUGCAGCAUCGCGAAUUACGUUUGAUAGAUAGUGUGCGGAGACAAAACUUUAUUAACGGCAAAAACGGUGAGUUAGAUCGAGGAACGGUUGCAUCAGGGAAUGUUGGGAGUUUUUUUUCCUCCUUCUGCGCAGAUAGGGGGUGGGGAGCCCGCUUUAAGUGGAAGAGAAAGGGGGAGAGGGGGGUGAUUGGAAUAUUCUUUGUCCUCUUCACUCCGCAUCACAACCCGACCUGUAGGAGGAUCCAAGUCUUUCACUAAAACCGAAUGGGUUGAUAAAGCGGGCAAAGAACGAAGGAAAGCCUCCUGGAAGAGAGGAAACUUGUGUGUGUGUGUGUGUGUGUGGAGCGGCCGACCAUAACUGGGGCGUUGAAAUUACUCUUCAAGAUUUGAGACGUCUACCCUCACCCCAGCGGCACAAUGAGCUGGAGUUUUUUGACUCGUCUGCUGGACGAGAUCUCAAAUCACUCAACUUAUGUCGGAAAGAUCUGGCUCACACUUCUCAUCGUCUUCCGUAUUGUGCUGACAGCUGUUGGGGGCGAAUCCAUCUAUUACGACGAACAGAGCAAAUUUGUCUGCAACACACAGCAGCCCGGUUGCGAGAACGUGUGCUAUGAUGCAUUUGCACCACUCUCGCACAUUCGCUUCUGGGUCUUCCAGGUGAUCAUGAUAACCACGCCCACCAUCAUGUACCUGGGCUUCGCCAUGCACAAGAUCGCGCGCAUGGAUGAUGAGGAGUACCGGCCUCGCAGAAAACGGAUGCCUAUGGUGAGCCGUGGUGCAAACCGGGACUACGAGGAAGCGGAGGACAACGGCGAAGAAGACCCCAUGAUCCUAGAGGAGAUAGAGCCAGAGAAGGAGAAGGAGGCAGUCGAGAAGCCCUCCAAGAAGCAUGAUGGACGCCGGCGCAUUAAGCGUGACGGUCUCAUGAAGGUGUAUGUGUUCCAGCUGCUUUCACGUGCCAUCUUUGAGGUCUCCUUUUUGUUUGGCCAGUACAUCCUCUACGGGCUGGAGGUGGCGCCAUCGUACGUGUGCAAGCGUUCACCCUGCCCCCACACAGUAGACUGCUUUAUCUCACGCCCCACUGAAAAGACCAUCUUCCUCCUCAUCAUGUAUGCCGUCAGUGCCCUGUGUCUGCUCUUCACCUUACUGGAAAUCCUCCACCUAGGCAUCAGCGGAAUCCGCGACUGCUUGUGUGCCCCACGACCUCGCCCCCCCACCCCCCGCCAUCCAGCCCUCCCCAGCCAGAGACCCUGUGUCUGUCGCCAACCAUCUGCCCCGCCAGGCUAUCACACAGCUCUGAAGAAGGACUCGCAGAGGAAGAUGGGCUUCAGAGACAACCUGGGCGACUCAGGCAGAGAUUCAUAUGGAGAUGAGGCCUCAUCGCGAGAGGAAUGCAGUCCAUCAAGGAGCAGCAGUCCAGAUUCGAACGGCACGGCUGUCGAGCAAAACAGACUAAACUUCGCCCAGGAGAAGCAGAGUAGCACAUGUGAGAAAGGUAUCCGAGCAUAGGCCUUCGCCAGCCAAGCUGACACUGUGGAUUACGUUUCACACCAGAGACAGUGAGCGGACAUAAGGAAAUCUUACACAAAGCUAGAUGUGUGUAUGUGUGUGUGUUUGUGACAGUGUUUGUGUGCUAGUGAUUCAUGUGUGAGGAGGAUGAAAACAGUGCAAGCCUUUCAGUAUUACGGCCAGAUACAGUCAAGUCAGACUCAGCCCUUACUUGACCUACUAGCCCAUCUGAAGCUCCAAAGUGCGCACAAACUGACUUUCAGCAGAAAGGCCUCUCAACUGUGCUUCUCCUUCAGGGCAGCAGUUCUUUCUCUUUUUUUUUACCCCCCUCAUCAGUAUGUUUUGACCCUAUCACAGAAAGUUGAAUCAGUUCAUCUGGACAAAACAUUUAUUGUAAGAGAAACUUUUCAUCAUCCAAGUGGCCGCUUCAGUCUCAACUGACUGCAGGUAUUCCCACCCUUAUCAGGAAUCAGGAACAAUUUAUUGUAAUUUCUUUCAUGUACUUGAGUACACAAAAGAAAUAAAAUUCUGUUUCCCCCAGCCCACAGCAGUGCGACACAAAAGACAAAAACACACUUCCAAAAUUUCCCAAAAACAACACCACCAAAAACAGAACAAAGCAAAAAAAAAAAGGAAAAUACAGUUAACAACAGUCCAGUCAGUGCAACACGGUCCAAAAAUUCCACUGUACAGAGAAUGAACGCCAGCCAGGAUGACUGUUGGAACUGCCGGUCUGCAUGGGCUAGCGGUUAGUUUAGCCUGCCCGCGUCAGCAUCCUGUCAGACCGCCCUCUGUGUUUCAUCCUCGGGGACAACUCCGGCAGGGCCGUGGUCCUUGGGCCCACCGGAUGCAGCAGACCAAGCUCCCCCAGCCAAUCCAACGCCAGCUCUCAGCCAGACACCUUCGACACACCUCCCCGUACUCCACACAAUGACACUAAAACACACGUCAACACUAGGCGAGGCCGCUGUCAGACCACCCUCGGUGUUGUCGGAACUGCUGGACUGCAUGGGCUAGCAGGUAGCUUAGCCUGCCCCACUUCUGCAUUCUGUCAGACCGCCCUUGGCGUUACCUCUUCGGGCGCAGCUAUGGUCAGGGCCGUGGUCCCUGGGCCCACAGGAUGCAGCAGACAGAGCUGUCCCAGUUGAUUCAGCGCCAGCUCUCCCAGCAAUCAAACGAAGACAAAACAAACUUAGACGGAGAUGUCGACAAAGACACUGCAUGGACGGUACUAGGUUAGGCUGCCGCAAACGUGAAUUUGUGCCACCAUCUUCCUUAUAAACCAUAUCUUAUAAACAAUACAGUGGCAUAAUGACCAAAAACAACAAUCAGUUUCAUAUGCAAAUUGCCGUGAUCGUUAACUAGAGUUUCAGUGGCAAUGUGCACUAUUCAGAGGAUGGCAGCUGUUGCCAUCUUACAAUGCUAUGAUUGCAACCAUUCCCAAAUCCGUUGUGAAUAGGACACACUGCCAUUGUAACUCUCGUUAACAGUCAUAGCAAUUUGCAUAUUAAACUGAUUGUGGUUUUCGAUCAUUAUGCCACUGUAUUGAUUAUAAGGGUAGGGAUACCUGCAGUCAGUUGAGACUGAAGAGGUCACAGUUCAGAGUGAUGAGACGCUUCUCUCAGUAAACCUGUCUAGAUAAACGGAUUCAACUUUAUGUGAUGUUCUUACCUGGAUUAUUGAGCAUGCAUAAAGAUAUCUUGACCCUAUCGAUUGAUGGUUGGCAGUCCCCUUUCAGAGUUUUUCCUGUGUUGGAGGGUCAGAAGGGGUGCAUCUCAAGUUUGCCUUAGACCCAAACUGGAGUUUACAUUUCACACAAUCCAUUGAGGUAAAACAGGCCAAAAAACUACCCACAUUGACUUGUAAGCUUCGAGUAUUGCUGUUUGUGAGUGAGUGAACCACAGUUUAGUCAGAGCUUGCAGAUAUGAAGUGACUGGCUUGUGGACAAGGCAUCGCUUAAAGGACCAAUGAGGUACUGGAGCCAGUACUGACACAGACUUUGGAAGGUGUACAAAUUCAUGCAAAGCUUUCUUUAAGGUGUGUCAGCUGGUAUGUUCAAACAGUUUGGACUAGCCUUUAACUUGUUAUGGCUGAUAUAAGCUGCACAUUUCUGACAUACCUACAUUUCUUUUAUAACUAUUAUUAGUGUAUUUUGUUUUUUGACAAAUAUUUGAUUUUUGUUAGAACGGCACCAGUAAAUAUUCCCAAGUCUGGUGCCAACUAUGGUAACUGGAUAACUCUUGUGGUGCCUUUGUCCAAAGGAAAAAAAAAACCUGGGUAAUGCUUGAAUAGGUAUAAAUUGUGACCUUGUCUUGUACUGUUUUAAACUUGCAUUUGAUACUGUUUUUAUAUUCUUUUUUUAUUUUAUUAUUUUGACUGUGUUAUUGAAUACGUUUGUCUAAAGGGGCUUUUGCCACUGUGGUCAACAUUGUUGUUCAGAGUGAAGUUCACUGGUGUCUUGGUUUCCCUGAUUUGUUGCAUAUCAACGGUUCUUAAUGAGGAAAAAGACUGGUACAAGUAAAUUGGAAGUGCAAGGGUUCAUACUUGGUAUCUCAAAGCUGUUGAAAAAUGCCAUUGAAUCCUCAGACAAAUUUCAGCAGUCAAUUUGUGUUUUCCUUGACCAGCAGAUAUUUCCCCUCUCACUAUGACUUCUUUUUUUUUGUGCCAGAAUUUGUCUUUUUUUGUGAUAAGUCAGAUUGAUAUGACUUUUCAAAGUUGUUUCCAAAGUCCUUAAUUUGUGGACGCUAACCUGUUGAAUUGUGUUGGCUCACCCCAAUGUCUCAGUAAAGGUAACAAGCAUGUGAUUUUUCUGGACGGCAGGAAUAUACAAUGCCUUGAGCGCUCUGUUCUAUGACAAUUCGUAUUCAAAAUCAUAACCACAGUGCCAUGAGUACCAACUCAAAAUUUCAUCUCAUUUUGAUAGUAAAAAAAAAAAAAGCUUUUUGUACUCUUUUUUUAUACUUUUUGUAUCUAUGGUAUUUUUAUGGUUAGUUUUUAAAAUAAACAUUU